GGGGUAGAGGGGGGGUUCGGGUCCUCCCAGCUCCGCCGGGCACACGGUACCCCCACCUCGUCCACCUCCUCGUCCAUCGCUUCCUCCUCCUCCUCCGUUCUCGCGACAAAGGGGGAGCUAGCGGGAGAGACAACGACCCCCCCCCCCGGGAAAAGCGAGCGAGGCUGGACCCUGAGCGAGGCUGGACCCUGAGCGAGGCUGGACCACUUGGCCCGGUACCCACGCUGAGCCCCACCGCGCUGUUCGCCAGUGGCACAACGCGACAGUCAUCGCCGCAUCGCCAUGAAUCUCUCCCCUCCACGCGCCUCCUCGUGGCCAUCAUCGCUCAGCACGCGUGGUGGCCCAGUGGGCCUCUCCACCUCCACCCGACCCCUCCGGCCCCUCCUGCUGCUGCUGCUCCUCGCGGCCUCCUGGCCGGGCCCCGGGAGCUGUAAGCCGGCGGUGCCGCGGGUGUCCCCGCUGCGCGACCGCGUGGCCCCCCCGCGUCUCGACGCCGAGGGGGAGCAGCGGCGCCCCGAGGAGGUGCCCCCCCCCAUCCUGGACCCCGAGGAGGCGCGAGCCUUCGAGAGCCUCGGCCCCGAGCAGAGCAAGCGGCGGCUCGCGGCGCUCGUGGAGCGGAUGGACGCGGACGAGGACGGGCUGGUGUCGCACUCCGAGCUGCGUGCGUGGAUCAAGUUCACGCAGCGGCGCUACGCGGCCGAGGAGGUGGCACGCCACUGGCGCGAGUACGACGCGGACCGCGACGACCACGUCUCCUGGGACGAGUACCGCAACACCACCUACGGCUUCUACUUCGAGGAGGACGGUGGCGAUGGUGGCGACGGUGAGGAGGGCGGUGGGUACCGGCGAAUGUUGGCGCGCGACCGGCGCCGCUUCUCCCACGCGGACGCCGACACGGACGGGCGGAUGACUCGGGAGGAGUUCUCGGCCUUCCUGCACCCCGACGAGCACGAGCACAUGGCCGAGCUCGUCAUCACGGAGACAAUUGAGGACCUCGACAAGGACGGGGAUGGGACGAUCGACAUUGAGGAGUACAUUGGGGACAUGUUCUCGCGAGAGCCGAGCACGGGCGACGACGCGGCCGGGCUGCAGGAGGAGCCCGAGUGGGUACGGACGGAGCGGGCGCAGUUCCUGGCGGUGCGCGACACGGACGGCGACGGCAGGAUGGGGCGCGCCGAGACACGAGCCUGGGUGCUGCCCAGUGACUACGACCACGCCGACAUCGAGGCCCAGCACCUGGUUCACGAGAGCGACGCCGACGCGGACGGCAAGCUGAGCGUCGAGGAGAUCCUCAACAAGUUCGACCUCUUCAUCGGCAGCCAGGCGACCAACUUCGGCGAGGAGCUCAAACGCCACGACGAGUUCUGAGACCUCCCCCCCCCCCUCCCUUACUCGCUGCCGAGACCGCGGGGGUUAAGGGGCCACGGGAAGAUGCGCGUGGAAGGGGGGGGACACGCACGUGCGAUCGCUGGACAAUCAAAUCAGUUGGGGAGCCCCAAGCCGGUGGGUGCUCGCACGCCGUUCCGACAGCGCUCGGCGCUGUCACACGGACGGACGGAGACGCCGUGUUUCACAGAUGGGUAUUGUGUCGCUCGUCCGCUCGCCAACACGCAGGAUCGUCCGCUCACAUGCUCGCUCGCCUACUCAUCCACCUACUCGCCCACCCACCCACUCGCUCACGCACCCACUCGCUCACUCACCCACCCACUGGCGGUCCACUCACCCACCCACUCG